CGGAACGUUUUUUGCAAGAAGUCACGUAGGCCACUGCUUGAAGCGCGCGUGUUUACAUUUUUUAUGAAAGUAACCUGGUUAAUACUUAGUAUUUAUAAAAAGAAUAUUUUAAGAUGAUAAAAAAGUUAUAAGACAUGGCAGGCUUGGUAUCAGAUUCUUCAGUUGUUGUAGUACGUGCAAAGCCAGAAGGACAAAGAAAAACUUUUAAACCCAACAUAAGAUCAGUAAACAGAAUACCAGAUGAUUUGUUGAAAGAUCCACUAAUAAACCGAGCCUGUGAAGCUUUGCCUAAUAAUUACAAUUUUGAAAUUCAUAAAACAAUAUGGAGAAUUCGUUCGUUAGGAUCAAAAAGGGUAGCUCUUCAGUUACCAGAAGGGUUAACUAUGUUUGCAACGACAUUAUGUGACAUAAUAGAAACAUUUACAGAGGCAGAUACUGUAAUAAUGGGUGAUGUUACAUAUGGAGCCUGCUGUAUAGAUGAUUUCACUGCCAUAGCUCUUGGUGUUGACCUCUUAGUCCAUUAUGGUCACUCAUGUCUUAUACCAAUAGAUCAAACUAGCAGUAUUAAAGUUCUCUACAUAUUUGUAGAUAUAAAAAUAGAUCCAUCACAUUUUUUGGAAACAAUUAGACUUAACUUUCCUAAAAAAACACAUUUAGCAAUAGUUAGUACAAUUCAAUUUGUGACAACCCUCCAUUCAGUUACCAAGGAUCUAAGAAAUGAUGAUUAUAUUGUGACAGUGCCACAAAGUAAACCCUUAUCUCCAGGUGAAAUUCUUGGUUGUACAGCUCCCAAGCUGAAUGCUGACUGUAUAGUUUAUCUUGGAGAUGGUAGAUUUCAUUUAGAAGCAAUUAUGAUAGCAAACCCCACAAUUCCAGCAUAUAAAUAUGAUCCUUAUGAAAAGAAAUUCACUUCAGAAGAUUAUGACCAUGAAGUAAUGAAAAUGAACAGAAGUAAUCAAAUAAAAUUAGCAUCAGAUGCAAAUUGUUUCGGUCUUAUUCUAGGAACUCUUGGGAGGCAAGGAAGUACAAAAGUCCUUACUAAUCUUGAAAAGCAAAUCUCCAAUUGCAAUAAACAUUAUGUUAAGAUUCUGCUAUCUGAAAUAUUUCCCAGUAAACUUGCGUUAUUUGGCUUAGAUGCUUUUGUACAAGUUGCUUGCCCUAGGCUUUCUAUUGAUUGGGGAACAGCAUUUCCGCAGCCACUUUUAACACCAUAUGAAUUUUCUGUUUCAUUAGGUAACAGUAAGUGGCUGAAGGAAGAUGGAACCUACCCAAUGGAUUUUUAUUCAAAUGAUAGUCUUGGGCCUUGGACACCUAACUUUAAACCAGUCUUUUGUUCAGGUACUGAUAAAAAGUGUGAUAAUUGCUGCGGUGACAAGGAAAAGUAACUUACCGGUGCUCCUUGUGCAGCAACCGCAGCUGUCUCACGGGCUUGAGCAAAAACUUGAGAAUCCACAAAUUUUGAAGGGAAUGUCUCUGCAAAGUUUGCAAUAGGAACAUUUCUGGUGUCACGCCUACAAGAAUUUAUUUAUUAUAAUUACAUUAAAUACUACCAGAAUGAACAUAAUUUAUAUAGAUGUAUAUAUUACCGAUGCAUUAACGCAACACUGAAACAAUAGUUGAACAAUUGAGGGUUGAUAUUAACACGGGCAUAUGUACAAGUAGACAGGAACUGCUGCAAUUGAUUUUCAGGAACACCUGUAAAUAAAUAUGAAUUAAAUUAUUAUAUGACUUUUGGAACA